AUGGCGGCGGCCGUAGUGGGUCCACUCGCCGCUGGGGGUGAGGAGGCGGCGGCAACGACCUCCGUACCCGGGUCUCCGGGUCUGCCUGGGAGCCGCACUGCAGAGCGGGCCCUAGAGGAGGCCGUGGCCACCGGGACCCUGAACCUAUCUAACCGGCGCUUGAAGCACUUCCCCCGGGGUGCGGCCCGCAGCUACGACCUGUCAGACAUCACCCAGGCUGACCUGUCCCGGAACCGGUUUCCCGAGGUGCCCGAGGCAGCAUGCCAGCUAGUGUCCCUGGAGGGCCUGAGCCUCUACCACAAUUGCCUGAGAUGCCUGAACCCAGCCUUGGGGAAUCUCACAGCCCUCACCUACCUCAACCUCAGUCGAAACCAGCUGUCGACCCUGCCACCCUACAUCUAGCUGCCCCUGAGGGUCCUCAUUGUCAGCAACAACAAGCUGGGAGCCCUGCCCCCUGCUAUCGGUGCCCUGGGAAGCCUUCGACAGCUUGAUGUGAGCAGCAAUGAGCUACAGUCCUUGCCUGCAGAGCUGUGUGGCCUCUCUUCCCUGCGGGACCUCAAUGUGCGGAGGAACCAGCUCAGCACGCUGCCCGAAGAGCUGGGGGACCUCCCUCUGGUCCCGGAUUUCUCGUGUAACCGCAUCUCCCAUCCGGUCUCCUUCUGCCGACUCAGGCACCUGCAGGUCAUUCUGCUGGACAGUAACCCCCUGCAGAGCCCCCACACACAGGUCUGCCUGAAGGGGAAACUUCAUAUCUUCAAGUACUUGUCCACAGAAGCUGGGCAACGCGGGUUGGCCCUGGGGGACCUGGCCCCUUCCCGGCCCCCCAAGUUUCAGUCCCUGGUAAGUCCUAGCCCUGCAGAGGAUCUGUUCCCGGGACGUCGGUAUGAUGGCGGGCUGGACUCAGGCUUCCACAGCGUUGAUAGUGGCAGCAAGAGGUGGUCUGGAAAUGAGUCAACAGAUGAAUUUUCAGAGCUGUCAUUCCGGAUCUCGGAGCUUGCCCGGGAGCCCCGGGGGCCUAGAGAACGCAGGGAGGAUGGCUCAGCGGACGGAGACCCCGAGCAGAUUGACUUCAUCGACAGCCAUGUCCCUGCAGAGGAUGAAGAGCGAGGCGCUGUGGAGGAGCAGCAACCACCUGAAUUAAGCUCCGGGGCAGGGGACAGGGAGAGGGCAUCAAGCAGCAGGCGGGAGGAGCCUGCAGGGGAAGAGCGGCGGCGUCCGGACACCUUGCAGCUGUGGCAGGAGCGGGAGCGGCGGCAGCAGCAGCAGCAGAGUGGGGCAUGGGGGACCCUCAGGAAGGAUAGCGUCUUGAAGCUGGGGCUCAGGGCUGCUGCAGGAGGGACCACCGCUGCGUCCACUCAAGCCACACACAACAGCCCACCUAAGUCCAGUGCCUCCCAACCGGGGCCUGCAGCAGGGCAGGGAGCCCCCAGCCCUGUCCCCACCUUUCAGGAGCCCCUUCCCAUAGCUGGACCAGUGACAGCACCUGUUCCUCGGCCGCUUGGCUCCAUUCAGAGACCAAACAGCUUCCUCUUCCGUUCCUCCUCUCAGAGUGGCUCAGGCCCUUCCUCACCAGACUCUGUCCUGAGACCUCGGCGGACCCCCCAGGAUCCAGAUGAGAAGGACUUAAUGACUCAGCUGCGCCAGGUCCUUGAGUCCCGGCUGCAGCGGCCCCUGCCUGAGGACCUGGCCGAGGCUCUGGCCAGCGGGGUCAUCCUGUGCCAGCUGGCCAACCAGUUACGGCCUCGCUCCGUGCCCUUCAUCCAUGUGCCCUCCCCUGCUGUGCCAAAACUCAGUGCCCUCAAGGCUCGGAAGAACGUGGAGAGUUUCCUAGAAGCCUGUCGAAAAAUGGGGGUGCCUGAGGCUGACCUGUGCUCGCCCUUGGAUCUCCUCCAGGGCACCACCCGGGGGCUGCGGACUGUGUUGGAGGCCGUGAAGCGGGUGGGGGGCAAGGCCCUGCCGCCCCUCUGGCCCCACUCUGGUCUGGGCGGCUUCAUAGUCUUCUACGUGAUCUUCAUGCUGCUGCUCUAUGUCACCUACACUCGGCUCCUGGGUUCCUAGGACCCAAAAUCAGCCCUCCUUCACCCCUUUCCCUCCCCCCUUCUAUUUAUAAGGCCCCUGCUCCACCUGACCCCCACCAUUGGUGCCUUCAGCCCCAACCAAAGACACUAGUGCACCCCUUCAUAGACACUGACCUCAGAGGCCCCACUCUGGUGCCCCCAGACCCUGGCCCCCAGCCUCUGGCCUCCCUCCGAUAGACCCAUGAGUCCCCACCUCUGUUGACAGUGCCUUCAUGCCCCCGCUGGCCCCUGCCCCUGCCCUCUGUGCCCCCUGAGGGGUGACAGGAGCUGGAGUUCCCCCUUUCCUUUUAUGCCCUUCCCCCCACCAGCUGCUAUGGGGGGCUAAAUUAUCUCUUAUUUUGUAGAAAGGAUCUAUAUUUGUAGGAGUGUGGGGCCCAAUCCAGGUUCCUAUCUCUCUAUAAACUGUACAGAGACCGUGGCCGCCUUGCCUGUAUAUGUGUGUGUGUGUGUGUUCGUGAGCAUGUCUGGUCUGUGUGUGUUCUGAACGCCUCUGCUCUCUGUGGUGGUGGCAGUGGCCAUGGCCAUGGCUCUGUGCCCUCCCAGCAUCUCCUUCUGGAAAUGCCAGCCUCAUGCUCCCAGAGCCUCAGCCCCUGUGUCAUUCUCCCUUCUGUUACCGCUGACAGCUUUCUUGGGUCCCAUCUGUCACCGAGCCCCGAGUGCACGGUGUCUUCCACAAUGCCCGUGCCUGCCCCCGACCCCCUGCCAUGGGUGGGAAGUCGUCGGGGGCACUGUGGGGAAGCUAACCUGGCCCCUUCCCCCAGGAGUCCCUGUGCCAGCCCCACCACAUCCUGGAGGAGGAGGGGGCCUCAGGAAGGGGCCUCCCCUACAUCGCUGCAGUCGUCCACGCCCUGCUGGACCGGGCUUAGGGGGUGAAGGUGGGGGCACAGGGCCCACCCCACCUAGGACCCGGGAAGUAGAAGACGCACCUGGGCUCCAUGCUCUGAGACAAGGACUCGGUGAGGGCAGCCUGGGCCCCCUCGGCCUUCAGGCUUGGCCGUCUCCGGGGGUGGAAGGCCCACAGGUGUCGCAGGUGUCGUGUCAACUGCAAUAAACAGAAGCCAGAAGUCCUCUGGGUGGCCCUCA